AUCCUUGAUCAUUAUUCAGUAGCCAUCGUUCGACUCGUACAUACGUCGGGAAUAUUCGCAAGAGAUAAAAGCGUGCGAGUCCUGCUUUAAAGCCGUUGAUCGUAUAAACUGCUAGAACUUUAAAUUCGCUUUUUAUCAACUUGAUCUAUAAAUCUGUGAAAAUGUCUGAAGAGAAAAAGGACUCGAAAGGAUCAGAAUCGGAACAUAUCAAUUUGAAAGUGCUUGGACAGGACAACGCCGUAGUGCAGUUUAAGAUAAAAAAGCAUACGCCCCUACGAAAAUUGAUGAAUGCCUACUGUGACCGCGCGGGUUUGUCGAUGCAAGUCGUGCGAUUCCGUUUUGACGGCCAGCCGAUCAACGAAAAUGACACACCGACGACGCUGGAAAUGGAAGAAGGGGAUACGAUUGAAGUAUACCAACAGCAAACCGGCGGAAAGCUUUAUUUUUAAACCUAACUUUAACUACUGUCAAUAAAAAUCCUUCAAAUAACCAUUCUA